CCUUUAUAAAGUGAGCCAGUGCACCCUCUGGUCUAGUCGCAGCUGCGAAGCCGGCCAGCCAUGAGGGUCUACUACCUUCUCUUUGCGUUGUUCUUCUUGUUCUUGCUGCCUGUUUCAGGCAGUGGAAGAACCAUAAAUAUAUUACAAAGGUAUUAUUGCAAAAUGAGAGGCGGCCGGUGUGCUCUGUUUGGCUGUCUUCCAAGGGAGAUACCCAUAGGCCCUUGUUCCCAAAGUGGUCGAAAAUGCUGCCGAAGGGAGAGAUGAAAAAUCCAGAAGCGCGAUGAGAAUGUUGCCAAGUGUGAAAAUGCUCCCUCGAAGUCUAUAGAAGCCAAAUCAAAUUAAAGAUUUUUCACAAAAAGAA